AUGUAUCGUCCCCUCCGCAUCUCGAUCCGCACUCUCUGGAAAUAUUCCUCGCCGGCAAAGAAGGUUCUCGAACCAGGCAACGUAUUUUCGCAGGCAAAGACAUUCUCUGCGUCAGACAUAGCUGAGUAUUCGAAGCUGACCCGCGACUUUAACCCGAUCCACUCCGACCCAGACCGCGCCAAAAUCGCAGGCUUCGACAGAGUCCCCGUCCCUGGCAUCCUCGUGGCAUCGUUCUUCCUGAGGAGAAUCACCUCAAACUUCCCCAGCGCGGUCUACGCAAAGCAGACGCUGGAGUUCAGACGAACAGCUAUUCGCGUGGACAGCGGAGAAGAUGAUUUCAGCGAGUUGGUGCGGCAGCGUCGGGCAUUUCUACUGGUCCGGCGCGGGUUGGGGAGGGUUGCAAUCUCAGGCCCUUCGCAUCCCAUGGAGAGGCUACGGCGGCAGUCGCGCGAUAAGAAAGGCUCGUUGGACGAGCUCGCAGAGAUGAUGCACGACGGUGGUCUGGGAGCAGCAGGUCGACUCGGCUGCGCGGCAAUGGUGACAGGCGGCGAUGGGAAUAAAAGAAAUACAGCGGCGAUCGGAUAUUAA